UUCGGAAUCAGCGCCCUGCAGUCCUUUUCCAGACUUGUAUUUUUGCUUUUGGAACACACACAACGCUUUCUGCCUUGUAACAAACCUCAUCAUCGCAAGCACAAACAAUGCCGCUCAAUCCUACUACAACCGGUCGUGACGACGAGCAAAUGGUCGGCUCGCAGCGCAUGCCCCAAGGGUCCAUCAACAAGGGCUUGACUGGACAAGAACGCUCGGGGUACACUGACACCGACGCGUCCCAGCAGCGCUACGGAGGUCAGCAGGGUGACCGCUACGGCCAAGACCAGAGCGGUAGCGAUCGCUAUGGCCAAGGCCAGCAAGGCUACGGCCAGCAAAGCCAGCAAGGCUACAACCAAGGCCAGCAAGGCCAGCAAGGCUACAACCAACGUCAACAAGGCGGCGAUCGCUACGGUGAAAGCCAAAUUGGUGGCGAAUUCAACCGCACCAACGAGUCUGAGCGUACUACGACUCGCUCGACUGACCAGACAUCCAGCCGCUUCACUUCAGACGUCGGCGGUGGCAGCAGCGACCGCUGCGGCAUGCCUGAUCGCUCAGGCAUGUCAGACCGCUCUGGCAUGUCGUCGGAUCGCGUUGGUGACGAUCGGAUGGGCGGCCGCGUGAACGAGCAAGCGAGCGACCAGGGCGGCAUCUUCGGUCGUGUCGGCGCGGGCAUUUCCAACGUCGGCAACUCGCUGAGCGACACUGGCAACAAGAUUGGCGGAAUGUUUGGCAGCACCAACACGCCCAGCACUGGCAGUGGUCUGAGCGGAGGCCAGCGGCGUUUGUGAAAUCAUUCUUCGUUCUGCUGUGGCGUCGAAUCAUCAAAGCUGGCCGUCGUGUGUUCGCGCGAAGGCGUGAGCGGGUUCGGCGUCGUCGGGAUGCUCGUCAACAACAACGCGAGAUGCAACAAAGGCAAGCUGCCGCACCCGUGCCUGCCAUGUGAGCAGCGUUUGUCCUUGGUUUCUUGUUUUGCUUUUCUUCUUCUUCUUCUUCCUCUGCUUCUUCUUCUUCUUCUGCUUCUCCUCCCUUCUUUCCUUGCUGUCUCGCUGCUGUUGGCUCGGGAACAGUUCAUUGCAUUGGCUGACAAAUUAAACAAAAAAAAACCAAUGUAAAGAAACAAUAAAAACCACACCCAAUGCACCA